AACAAAACAAAACAAAACAAAACCCCCCCACAAAUAUUCCAUUUCACUUCCAGAAAACACAAAAACCAUGGUGGUUCCUACGGCAGCCAACGGCGGCGACCAGCAGAAGCCCUACGAAAUCCCCUUCUUCGACCUCGGCGAGGGGGACAACGCCGGCGGGUGGUGGAGGGAGCUGUGCGACAAGGUGCGGGAGGCGUGCGAGACCCACGGCUGCUUCUGUUUCUCGACGGAGCGGAUCCCGUCGGGGCUGAGGCAAGGCAUGGUGGAAGGGCUCCGGCAGCUGUUCGAGCUGCCGGAGGACACCAAGAAGAGGCACGUCAACCCCAAACCCUACCGGAGCUACCUGGGGAAGAACGACGCCGUUCCUUACCUCGAGAGCUUCGGCAUCGACCAUGCUCCCAACCUUGAACAAGCUCGGGCUUUUACCACACUCAUGUGGCCCCAAGGCAACCCUUCCUUCUGUGAGGCAGUGAAGGAGAUGAGCGGCAAGAUGCAGGAGCUGAACCUCCUCAUCAUGAAGAUGCUAUUCACCAGCUACGGCCUGGACGCGGAGGAGCACCACGCCGCCGACACCGCCAGCUACUUCCGCCUCAUGAAGUACAAGGUCCCUCCCACCCCUGCUCCUGCGAACGGAAUUGGGCUGGUGGCCCACACGGACAAGAACACCCUCACCAUCCUGGGCCAGAACGACGUCCAGGGCCUGGAGAUCCAGCCCAAGAACGGCGGCUGGGUACCCGCGGUCAUCCCGGACGGCGCCUUCAUCGCGAUCGUCGGGGACACGCUCAAGGCGUGGAGCAACGGGCGGCUCCACCCGGUUCGACACCGGGUGGUGAUACGUGGGGAGGAGGAGAGGUACUCGUGGGGCAGUUUCUUGAUGCCCAAGGAUGACUCCACCGUCGCGGUGGCCGAUCAGCUGGUGGACGGAGACCACCCGCUCAUGUACCGUCCCUUCACCUAUUCGGACUACCUGUCUUACUUCGUCCACAAGUUGAGCGAUGAUGCGCUCGAGGUUUACGCAGGUUUGUCUUCUCCGGUCGCGCCGGCGUGCAUGGAUUAAUUAGUGGCUCUUUUACUUGAUUACUUGGUUAAUGGGGAUUAUUAAGUAUAAAAUAAUUAAUGUUGAUGUGUGUCGUAAUUAAAGUUAAUUGGUAUUGGUAAUCUGUUGGUUAAGCGUUGUGGUCGUGAUUAUGCCUCUCUUUCUCGUGGUAAUUUGUUUUAUAUAUACACCUAUAGAGAGAGAUAUAACGGAAGCUAGGGAUACCAUAUAUAUAUUAUUACGGGAUCUAAAGUGUCAUAUGUAAAGAGUGCAUGUGUAAGGAGGGGAAAAAAAGAAACUAAUGAAACAAGUAUCCAUUGUUGAAAGUUAAUAAAAGACAUAUAUGUUUAUGUUGUUUGA